GGGGACGCCCUCGGAGCGCAGGCUGCCAGAGCCUGGCAGCGCUGCAGGGAGCAGGGGGCAGAGGGUGGAGGGGCGCUCGGAGCCCCUCGCUGCUGCUGCUCGCUCAGGAGCGCUGCAGGAAGCCCUCAGGGCUGUGGCUGGAGCCAGCAGCGCUGCACUGCCGCUCCAGGCCGCCCUGCGCCGCUCCGCAGCUGGCGGCUCGGACGCGGUGUCCAUAGCAACGCGGCCGCCAUGGGCCGGGAUCACUACGCGGUGCUGGGGCUGGGCCGCGGCGCCUCGCUCGCCGACAUCAGAGCGGCCUACCAGCAGCUGGCCUUGAAGAACCAUCCCUUGAGAUGCAGGCAGCCCUGGGCUCCAGAGAGGUUCAGGCAGCUGGCAGAGGCCUACGAUGUCCUCAGCGACCCCAUGAAGAGAGGCAUCUACGACAGGUUUGGAGAGGAGGGGCUGAAAGGUGGCAUCCCCUUGGAGCUUGGUGGAGACAACCCCUGGUCCCUGGGCUACGUCUUCCACAACAACCCUGACAAGGUCUUCAGGGAGUUCUUUGGUGGAGACAAUCCCUUUGCAGAGUUCUUGGCUGAGGAUGGCUCAGAGCUGAUCCUGCCCUUUGGGGGGCUGCGAGGACGAGGAGCUGUGAAGCAGGACCCCCCCAUCAUCAGGGACCUCUGCCUGGGCCUUGAAGACCUCUUCUAUGGCUGCACCAAGAAGAUUAAGAUCUCCCACAGGGUGAUGAAUGAAGAUGGUCAGACCAGCACCAUCCGAGAUAAGAUCCUGAGCAUCGAUGUGCAGCCAGGGUGGGGGCAGGGCACCAGGAUCACCUUUGAGAAGGAAGGGGAUCAGGGCCCAAACCUGAUCCCAGCUGACAUCACCUUCGUUGUGCAAGAGAAAGCCCACCCAAGGUUCAAGAGGGUCAAGGACAACCUCAUCUAUGUUGCCACCAUCCCCUUGGGGAAGGCGCUGGUUGGCUGCAGCGUGGAGGUGAGGACCCUGGAUGGGAGGUUGCUCAACAUCCCCAUCAACGACAUCGUGGACCCCAAGUACUGUAAAGUGGUGCCAGGGGAGGGGAUGCCACUGCUCCAGGACCCCCAGCGCAAGGGUGACCUCCUCAUCUACUUCAACAUCUGCUUUCCCAAGCAGCUCAGCCCUCAGAAGAAGAUGCUCCUGAAAAGUGCUCUCCUGCCCUAGGCCACCACCACCUCCCUGCUCUCCUCCCACCAAUAAAGCUCUUGAGGUGUCUUUGUGA